UUUUUUUCUUUCAAAAAAGAAAGUAAUAAAUAAAAUUAUAAACCUUUUUUAACUUUCUCUGAGACAGUGAAAAAAAAUAAAAAAUAAAAUGGUUUCAAAGAAAUCCUUAUUUGUUUUCAACAUUUUAAUAAUUUUUCUCACAAUGUUCGCUUAUUAUGUGAAAGCAUACCCACAACAUGCGGGAACCUGUGAUGUUACGAAAGUUGAUAGUAGUCCUCAUGCAGGAAAUAAUGGUGAAAACAUUGUAAAAGGAGAUGGAGGAUACAAAAUUACGACAAAGAAAGAAUCAGAUAAUUAUGUUACUACUCUUAAUGGACCGGAACCUUUUCAAGGUCUUCUCAUUUAUGUUGAAGAUAAAAAUGGUACUCGUUUUGGAGAAUUUACUUUAGACAAUAAAAUGUUACAACAUAAGUCAUGUGAAGGAAUAGGUGAACAUAAUACUUUAACUCAUACUUCAAAGGAUCCAAAAAAUCUUCCUUUGGAUUUGAAAUGGAAAUCUGAUUCUAACUUUGAUGAGGCGGUUGUUCGUGCUGUUGUGGUGAUUAACUUCAAGCAUUGGUUUCACCUUGAUGAUGUGAAAUUUAAAUCUUCUUAAAUGUCUGUUUCAUUAAAAAUGAAUUAGUUAUUAUUUUUUUAUUUGCUAUAUAGACUUAUUUUUGUAUCAAUUAUUUGAAACAUGUUUAUUUUUAUAUAAUAUUAUUAGAAUAAAUAACAAUAGAAAAAAUUGGGCAAGAUUAUACUCAUGUCCAAACAAAAAUAAAAUUUUAUUU